AUGGCGGCAUCGACUCUGCCAGAAACCUUGGCGGAAUCUUUCGCGGUAGAAAAGAUUGCCGAGCAUGAAUUCAUGUCGAAAGUACCACCUGCCUCCAUGGGCAAUCGUACGCCGAUAGCAUAUGGUGGGUGCACUACUGCGGCGGCCGUCAACGCUGCAUGUCAAACUGUGAAGCCGGGCUUUUACAUGUACUCCCUGCUGGGCUACUUUCUGGGACCGGCUGUCACCGAUAGGCGCGUGAAGUGCUUCGUUUACCACAGUCGAGACACCAAAACAUUUGCGACGCGGCGAGUCGUCGUAUCGCAGAUGCUUGACAAUGGGACGGACCGCAAAUGUCUGGAGCUCAUCGCAGAUUUUCAGGUUGCAGAGCCGGCCAGUGCUAUGGAGUUCUAUCCGCCGCCUGAACGGCAGUAUAAGAGACCUACUGUCACCACGCAACAGCUUCGCGACCAGUAUGUCGAAGAAGGCAAGAUCGACAAGCAGACUGGAGCUCUUUUAGACACAAUGUUUGCCUUGUCAGGCAAAUACUUUGACCAGAUCCCUGCUCCAGAAGGGGUAUCCGGCCAGAACUGUAUGGGCUUCGCUAAGCAUCUGAAUACGGACCAGGACCAUCUUCACAUUACGGAGAAGUUCUCCGCAGAAUGGCACAGAGCGAAAGGAAGUCUGCCGACAACAGCAGACCAGAUGGCCUCACUCGCGUGGGCAAUGGACGGUGGACUUUCCUUCAUUCCAUUGAUACACGACCACAAAUACCUCGAAGAUGUUGGUGCGUGUAGCAGCUUGGACUUCUCCUUACGACUGUUCACCAACAACUUCGACUUCACGAAGUGGCACAUAAAAGAGCGUAAGGCGAUCGCCGGUCAAGGAGGGCGCACAUACUCCGAAGCUCGCCUCUUUGAUGAACACGGUCAGCUGGUUGCUAUGGAAUCUCAGCAGUCCAUAAUGAGACCACUGCCUUCAGGCGUCAAACCGAAGCUAUGA